UAUAUUGCGAUCUUCGAACUUAAAUUCCUUGAAUAUAAGACAAAACAUUACGAAAAGAGAAGUAAAGAUGAAGUAAUACACAAGUUUAGUUUGUCGAGGAACGUAUUUUAUGAUAUAAAAAGAAGUAUUGCGACACAAUCAGUCGAGAAUUUGUCCAAACGAGCCAAUUGAGAAUCGAGCACGGUACAUCAUCCAUCUAGUCAUGUUAUUAAACGCGGUUGUAACAAAGUGCACCAUAACCGCAUCAUACGAGGAGGUUAUUUAUAUUUGCAUUUCUAUUUAGUGCGGUUGUCUUUCCAUUUUAUGAAGAAAGAUUUUUAAGAAUACCUCAUCUUUUCACUCUGAUCGAGGAUGGAUUUCCAAAAUCGUCCAGGUGGUAAGACCGGCGGCGGCGGGGUCGCCUCCUGGUCGGAGAGCAAUCGCGAUCGCCGGGAGCGGCUCCGUCAACUCGCCCUGGAAACUAUCGACUUAAAUAAGGACCCAUAUUUUAUGAAAAAUCACCUGGGCUCGUACGAGUGCAAAUUGUGUCUCACCCUGCACAACAACGAGGGUAGUUACCUGGCGCAUACCCAGGGUAAGAAGCAUCAGGCCAAUCUAGCCAGGAGAGCCGCGAAGGAGGCCAAGGAAGCGCCACAGACUCUAGCACCGGAGAAACCCCGGGUCGAACCCAAGAAAUUCGUGAAGAUCGGUCGACCUGGUUAUCGAGUCACGAAGCAGCGCGAUCCGGAAUCCGGCCAGCAGAGUUUGCUGUUUCAGGUAGACUAUCCGGAGGUGGCGGAUAACGUAAUUCCGAGGCACAGGUUUAUGUCCGCCUACGAGCAGAGGGUCGAGCCACCUGAUCGUAAAUGGCAGUAUCUGCUGUUUGCAGCUGAACCAUACGAGACUAUCGCCUUUAAAGUGCCCAGUAGGGAAGUGGAGAAGGCGGAAGGAAAAUUCUGGACUCACUGGAACAAGGAUACAAAACAAUUUUUCCUGCAAUUUGCAUUCAAGAAUGAGAAACCAUCUGUAGGCAAAGUACCACCGCCGCCAGUCCCUCUAAUAAGACCAGGAUUGAGUCCGAUGGUACCUGUUCCACCACCUCCUCCUAGACCACCCAUGUUUAAUCCGGUACCGCCGCCACCAGCUCUUCUGGCGAGUGGAAUGCAAAUACCUCCUCCACCACCUCACAUAGCAUAAUGCAUCUAAUAAUUCAAGUAAACUUACUAAUAAAAGCUAGCGCGGACAAUGUAUUAUUUUUUUCGAAGAAAUAUGUGUUUAUAUACUUCUAUCAACAUGUGAGAUCAUAUUUAUUCGCUCGAUAAUUACACAAGGUCAGAAAAUAUGUGAUAUACUUCAUUAUAUAAGAUGUAAU